CGCCAAGGACUUUGGCGCGGCGUAUGAGGCCCUAGACAGAGACCAGGAAGACCAAAAAGACAUGGGUCUCAUAUUGAUCCGAUACUACUACGAAGGCAUGUCGUACAACAAGUGGGUGGAAGUGGUCCCGCAUCUGGGCGACAUGCCCAAGUUUGUGACGAGCGUGUCGGUGGGCAUGGCAUCCAAACUGAGCGAAAUGUGCUUGGUAAGAGCGCGGCCGAAGCGCAGGGAAUUGGCUCCUCCGUUGAUCGUGGGUGGUAUGAAGAGCUGAAAUGGCAUUGGGGAACAAACAACAUCAUUAUUCAUUAGCAGCAUCUGAAGAGAAGCUUGGGCACGGAACGGAAU